AUGAACCAGAUCACCUUAACACAUAGGCCCAAGCUUCCUGAAUCCGCUGCAAAGGUUAGGCCAGAAGCUAUAGCAGCAGCUAAUCAAAGCACAAUUGAACUGUCAUUAGGCAGAGAAAAUUCCUACCAUAAACUUAACGACACCUCUAAAGAAUCAAGCAUAGCCAAUACAAGGGUCACACAACCACUCGCGCAACAGAAUUCAGAUGAACAAGGGUCGUUUACAGCCACUGGAAGGUUGAUGAAGCAUCAUUCUGCAAUUGAUGAAAAUCUCAUGAAGAGAAAAACUGUACCAAGCCUCAUGAAUGGAGCUGCAGCCGCGGGUGGAGUACGAAGCAGAUGUGGAGCAAUCAGUGCUGUAGAAUAUGGCGCAACGAAUAUAGAGCUUCGCGCAGGUACUUCCGCUGGCUUGCUGAAGGGCACUACGGAUUUGCCAUAUUUCAUGCCCGCUGGGCGACCAAGGUUGACGCAGAGGCAAAGAAGGCGGGCCAACAGGAAAUUGAGGCUGCGUCUGGAGAGACAAAAUGCGAUUCUUGCUAGUACUGCUGAUGCUGCAAGCGGGAAUCACACUCAAGGCUCGGAUACAGAGAUGAAUUGA